CCUCCUGCCUCGCCCGUCCAUGAUGUUACGGGUCAUGCCUCGCCUCUCAUCGCCGGCGCCUCACCUCCUACCUCGCCCGUCAUCAAGGGUUCAGCUCUUGCCUCACCCAUCGCCGGCGCCUCCCCUCCUGCCUCGCCCGUCCAUGAUGUUACGGGUCAUGCCUCGCCUCUCAUCGCCGGCGCCUCACCUCCUGCCUCGCCUCUCAUCACCGGCGCAGCUCCUCCCUCACUCACCGUCGCCGCUCCCGUUCCUGGUGCUACUUCCUCGCCCGCACCCACCCAGGCUACUGUUGCCACCAAGGAGAACAAGAGUCGUCUCGCUCCCCACAGAAAGCUACUCGCACAGAGAGCUUCUAACGAGAUGAACACCGAGGCUAGCCCCUUCGUGCCCGCUGGAUCUGCAUCUGCUCAACCUGGUCUUGCCAUCGACACUUCUUCAACUUCUACUCAGCCUACCGCUUCUGCUGGUGGCCCUCAGCCCACCGCUUCUGCUGGUGGCCCUCAGCCUCCUUCUGUCAUGACCGCCACCACCAUUGACAAGGGCAAGGGCAUUGACAAGGGUGAGAGUGGUGAGUCUGCCGAUCAGAAAGACAAGACUAUCAAGAGGCUCUCGGACCGUGUCGCGUUCCUUGAGGGUCAGCUCAACGAUGCACGCACUGGUCCCUCGGUUCCUUCCGACGACGGCCGUCUGCGCAAUGUUCUCACGGCACUGCGCCAAUACGAUCUUGACCACAGAGCUUGCAACGACUGCUCCAUCAACUUCAACUCGCAGUUCAGAGGUGUAGUUGACGACAUCAACUAUCCCGAAUUGAUCUUGAUCUGCAACAAGUGUGGCAACGAGAAGUGUCGCUGGAACUGCUAA